GAAAGUAUUGCUCUCAGUGGUUUACGUGUAUGUAUUUCAUUAUCUGCCACAGAUGUCCAGCAGCUGUUGGUGGUUAAAGAAGAGCAGCAGGAGUGGAGCUCCAGUCUGGACCAGGAGGACCCAGAGCCUCCACACUUUAAAGAGGAACAGGAGGAACUCUGGACCAGUCAGGAGGGAGAGCAGCUUCAAGGUCUGGAGGAGGCUGAUAUCAUCAAGUUCUCAUUCACUCCUGUGAAGAGUGAAGACGAUGAAGAGGAAGCUCAGUCCUCACAACUUCAUCAAAGACGAACUGAACAGAUGAAAACAGAAGCUGAUGGAGAGGACUGUGGAGGACCAGAACCAGACAGUCCUUUACAACCAGCUACGUAUGAGACUUCACUCUCCUAUGAACCUGAGACUGAUGACGGUAGAGAUUGGGAGGAGAUGAAGGAACCUCAGUCAGAUUUAAACCAUCUACAAAACAAUGAAGUACCUGUAAGUGAUCUGGACUGUAAUACUGGAAAAACUUCAAUCCGCAGCGGACAUGUGAAGAAGCAUACUGCAAUCCAAAGAGGAGUGAAUCUAUUUAGUUGCUCCAUCUGUGGGAAAAGGUUUUCCCAGGAGAAGUCCUUAACGACGCAUCUCGGACUUCAUUCAGAAGGAAAACAUUUCAGCUGCUCAGUUUGUAGUAGACUUUUCAGUACCAGUGGCUUUUUAGUUAAUCACAUGAGAAUUCAUUCUCGGGAGAAACCAUUCAGUUGUUCAAUCUGUAAUAAAAGAUUCACACAUCAUUGUGAUCUGAGACGACACUUGGUUGUCCACACGGGGGAGAAACCAUUCAGUUGUUCAGUUUGUAGCAAAAGAUUCACACAAAGCGGACAUCUGAGACGACACUCGGUUGUCCACACGGGGGAGAAACAAUUCAGUUGUUCAUUUUGUAGUAAGGGUUUCACACAAAAGGGACAUCUGAGACAGCACUUGACUGUCCACACUGGGGUGAAACCAUUUAGCUGCUGUGUUUGUGAUCAAAGAUUUGCUCGGCUCUAUCUUGUCAAAAAACAUAAGUGUGUUGGUUUGAGCAACAGAAACGCAUGGAGCUCCAGUGACGCUUGUUGAGGCAUUUCUUUUUCCAAGUAAAAGGUUAAGACUUGGUUCUACAGUGAUGGACUAAAAUCUGUCUCCAAAAUGAGCCUUUUAGCUGAGAUGAAGCUACUUAAUCAUUUUUCUCUGUGUCAUAGUUUGGUGUUUUCUGGAUGCUGUGUUUUUGGUAUCGCAAUGGCAUUGUUUUUAAAUUGUCAAAGCAUUUAAUGUCCACAGCACUGUUUGUUGUUUUAAAAUGUGAUUUAUUAAUUUAAUGACUUCCUUCCAAAUAACAAAAUGUAUUUACAGUCCAGUGGUGUCUUGAAAUGCUCACACUGUAUUGGGUGUUAUUUCGGUGAAGUCACAAGUCUACCGACUAAAUCUUUGUAGUAAAAAUGUAAAUACAUCAUCGUUAACGUCUCUAACAAGUAACCUAUGUGUGUCUUUUUGGUUGGGUUUGUGCAAUUAUAAUGUAGCAAAUUGCAUUCUGUCAUGUCUCCAUUUUCUAUAAUAAAAUGCUCUGUUCCAAGUAAAAGUUAUGUAUUCAUAUGCGCCACAACAUCAAAACUGUUAUAGAUUACUAUAGCUAAUGACAAAAUGCUGCUUAUGUGAUGGUAUCUGUAAUAAUAGUCCAAUAAUAUAAUAAACUGUUUGAAUAUCAUUGACAGGGGCCAUUCUACUUCACAAAUAAUACAGACACAUCCCCCUUUUUGUUUAAAUAAAAUGGUGUAUGUUU